UAAAGGCGGAAUCUUUGUCAGUUCAGUACAAUUUCGGCAAGAUCCACAAGGAUUCACGUACAUUUCACCUUCGGAGAAAUAUCAAGGUCAGAGGUUGUGUUAGACAAGUAUUGACAUUGCAUACUGAUAGUCAUUCGGACGGUGUGAUACAGACUAUGCCUACGGAUGCAGUACUGGGUGAUGAAGAGGGCGUGGGUGAUGGUUUGACGAAAGACGGCAAUGCUUUAAAUACCAAGACUAGUCCCACAAAGACAGCCCGCCGAUGUGGCGGGAAGCGGAGUAUACUCAUUGCAGUGGUAGUUCUCUUAGUCUGCGUCCUUGCUCUUGGCCUCAGUUUGGGUUUGGCACUGAAGUCGGGUCAAGGUCAGCGGUUGGCAAUCGGAGCAGUUGCAGCAGAUCACCCAGCAUGUUCCCGAGUAGGCAGAGAUAUUUUGAAAGAAGGUGGGUCUGCAGUAGAUGCCGCUAUUGCUUCACUGUUGUGUGAUGGAGUCCGGCAGCCCCACAGCAUGGGAAUAGGAGGAGGAUUAAUUGGUGACAAUACACAUCCGGCAGACUCGUCGCCAUGCGCCGGAUUAGACAGCGCUGAUUAUUGUAGAAACACAUAUAAGGCCGGCUCAAUUCAAGCCGAAAGUGAGAUGGCAUGGAAACAGGUAAGGGUGCUUCAUCAUGAUAUAUCAAAAAUCGCCCCGCAAAGCGGAAUUCAUCAACGGUCGAGAGUUCGCUCCCUUGGCAGCCUCUCUCUAGAUAAGUUCAUCAACAAGUCGUUCCGACAAGGUCCCUUGUCAAUCGCAGUCCCAGCGGAAGUGAUGGCGUAUUGGGACGCGCAUCAGAAGUAUGGUAAGCUACCCUGGGCCACGCUGUUUGAACCUGCCAUCAAGAUGGCGAGAGACGGCCACCCCCUGUCCAACUCGUCUGCGAGGGCACUACAGCUGAUGACCAAGAGAUUUAACGUGUCUUUGAAGGCGGAGUUUCCACAGCUCUGCAAGUCCUAUUGUAAUGAGCGCGGUGGCCUGAAGCUGGAAGGUGAUGAAGUGAAGUUACCUGCCCUUGCUAAAACGUUGAGUGGUAUUGCCAAGCACGGUCCCGACUAUCUGUACAAGGGGGAGGUUGCUGAUCGCUUGCUGCAGGAAAUCAAACAGUUUGGUGGACUUGUGACAAAAGCCGACUUCGAGGGGAACUUGACCAGACAUGAGCGUCCCCUGGAGUAUCAGUAUGGCGACCUGACCAUGUAUGUCCCAGGAGCACCUAGCGGGGGGCCAGUGAUGGGGCUCAUCCUGGAGAUACUGGAAGGUUUUAACCUCACCCCAGCUGACAUUGAAACCCCGGCAGCCGAGGCGGCCACAUACCACAAGAUAAUAGAGGCUUUCAAGUUUGCCUAUGCAGAUAGACUGAAACUGGGGGACCCGCACUUCGUACAGAUACAUGAUCUCAUUAAGAAGAUGACGUCCCCUGCCUAUGCUGCAUCCCUGCGCGAGAAGAUCGACCUGAGACGGACCCACAACGCCAGCCACUACACCGACAUCACCGGCCAACCGUGGGACGAGCAGGGCACAGCACAGAUAAACGUCCUGGCUCCUAACGGCGACGCCGUGGCGGUAUGCAGCACCAUCAACUACUACUUCGGUUCCCUCCUCGUGUCACCUUCUACGGGGAUCAUCCUCAACAACGAGAUGGCGGACUUCUCCACUCCCAAUGUCUCCUACCUCGACGGCUUGAAGGCAGUUCCUCCCAACUACAUCGAGCCGGGGAAACAACCCUUAUCGUCAAUGGCGCCAGCGAUAUUUGUGGACGGAGCAGGAGAUCCAAGACUUAUCAUUGGGUCUUCUGGGGGGGCCAGGAUCUCUACAGUCAAUGCUCAGGUGGCCGUCAGGAUCCUGUGGUUGAAGCAGUCUGUGGAGGAGGCAGUGAGGCAUAAACGCUUCCACCAUCAGCUGUUCCCGGAUAAAGUCAAGUGGGAACCUGGAUUCAAUCAGGGCGUCCUGGACCUACUCCACAACAAAUACGGUCACGAGCUGCAACCACGAACGACGUACAUGGCGGUGCUGCAGGCAAUAUAUCGCGACCCGGACACUCGCCAGUUGCACGCCUUCUCUGAUGAGAGAAAGAAGGGGAAAGCCAGCUUGUUGUACGGUGACGCCUCUUGAUGGGGAUACCUAGUGACGGGGACACCUGAUGGGGAUGCCUGACGGGGACGCCUUCUGAUAGUGGCGGCUUAUGAUGUGAUGGGGGCGUUAUUGUGAUUGGCAGUGUUGUGCCACCUUCAUAUAAAAAGCGAUAGUGUUCGAAAUUCUGGUGCUGAGGUACUGGUAAAAGAGCAAUGUUUGUGAGGUACUGGUAAAGUCAUUGUUUGUGUUUACUGUUAAAUCUAUCUACCAGGAUACACUGAGACACUUGUAACUAUGAUUCUCAUUGACUCUGCAGGACGUGGCUUGUUUCUACGAAUCGGAAACAAGUAUUUUUCUUGCUGAAGUCAAAACACAGUACUCUACCAUUUUAUCCCCAGUGCCAAUACACACAAACAUUCAAACUCGACUCAACAGGUAAUAAUUUGGAAUAGUGAUGAAUGGUCGUUCUUCCUUCAUAGGCGUAAUGCUGAGAUCAAUGAAAGGAAUUUUAAGUAAUCAUGUACUCAGCCCAUGUAAGAAUUUUAUGUUGUUUUUUAUAUAUCAAAACUAAUAAUACUAUUUUAAUAUUUUAAACUUAACUAUUUUAAGAGGUUUAUGAGUAAAGAAAGACUUUCUUCAUCUUCUUAUGUAUCACGUUUAAUGAUAAGGUCACAUAUGCAAUAUGUUCAUGUUGAUUAAAUCAAUAUGGUUUUUAUUAUUUAAUCAUGUACUCAGCCCAUGUAAGAAUUUUAUGUUGUUUUUUAUAUAUCAAAACUAAUAAUACUAUUUUAAUAUUUUAAACUUAACUAUUUUAAGAGGUUUAUGAGUAAAGAAAGACUUUCUUCAUCUUCUUAUGUAUCACGUUUAAUGAUAAGGUCACAUAUGCAAUAUGUUCAUGUUGAUUAAAUCAAUAUGGUUUUA